UCAUUGACUUGAAUAUCAUGUCAUAGUGUAGAAUAUCCUUACACAUAGUAGACGUUCCAUAAAGACUUGUUGGAAGAAUGGAGAAUUGAAACAUUGGUUUUUCUCCAUUGGAUGUUUUUACUGAGAUCACACCUCUCUUGUUUUAAAGGCACUUGUGAUUAUCGUGGGGCUCUUCUUAUGUCCAAAGCCGUGACACCAAUUAUUUCCAUUACUGGGGUUCUGCUCGAUGUUGAUCUAGGUUGUGUUUGUGUCUGGGUAAAGGAGAAAAAGUGAUAGCCUACAUAGGAGCUCUACGUGUUCGUAAGCUGCCUAACUCUUAAAACCCAAAGGAGAGCAUUCGUGUAGAAUUUUUCUAAUUCUAAAACCCAAGUAUGAAAAUUCCUUUUCUUAAACAUCCCCCUCGGUUCUUCCUCUCCCAGACAGCUGUCUGGCCAUUUUGACAUUUGCACGGGUGGCUCAAGAAUAUUCCGGAAUGCCUCUGCAUUAGGUCGACCAAAGAGCUUAGUUAAAGGGUAGAGCUCCUGGUUGACUGUUGCGUGUAUUGACCAAGAAAAUUUUCUUUGGGAAAUUAAACUGAUGUGAAAAUUUGUUAUCGAUGUUUUUUGUCACCUGGGGAAAAAGUGCAAACUUGCUGAAGAUGUUAGUCUGUACACUCUGUUCAUGCCAUGGUUGAUCUCAUUUCUGGAAGGAUCACAUUCCAAUCACAUUUUUUUUUUUACUCUUUAAACUUAAUUUUACAUGCUCAAAAUAUUUUAAGCAUUGACAGAAUAACCGUUUUGAGAAUAGGAUAGGUCGUUCGUUCAUAAGGUGUCACAGCUUUUGAACACCUUACACAGCCAAUUGACACAUCACUAAUGUCACCACAAUUUGCAAGUGGCAUCUGUUUGCAGAGGUUGGACCAGCUUAAAAUAAAAAAGAAGGGAUGAUGCAUUAGGGCAGAAAUAUUUCAAUUGUUCCAGUAAAUCAGUGUUGAUUGUGUUAUUUCAUCAUCUGGUGCCUCUAUUGAUUUGAAAUAAGAUGAGCCAUCCUGUGUUAAUUAUUAGUAAAAGGGAUGAGGAAAGUAACUAAUAAAGGGACCUUCCUGACUUGCUAGUAGAAUUCCACGUUAAUUUCCUAUUUUAGAUAUCCCCUGAGAACUAAAUCACUCCUGGAAGUUGAGUCUAAUCCGGAUCUCUCACCACAUGACAGCCCAGUGGUUAUGUCUUGCUCCCCUCUCCCUGUCUUUCUCAUCCCCACGAUCCCACAGUUGCUAUUAUUUUCAACUCGGAAGUAAGCUUGAGAAGAAAACCUAAAUAUAAUGUGAAAUGGUAAUGAUUUUACUCAUUUUCCACAUCAUAAACAUCUGACAGCCUUGUUGAUCAAUUUCCUAUAGCUUGUCUUACAAGCGAUUGACUGCCUUUGCGACAUACUAUCCCCUAAAUUAUGUUUAAAAUGUUAUUUCCACUGAAAGAACCAUAGUAACGUUUAUUUUGUGCAUUUGUACAGAGUCUCCUUUUUCUCCCCAACCCCCAAGCCCACUAUCACCAUUGAAACUUGGCCAGAAUAUCCAUCACUCAAAUGUUGGAUAAAAGAUAACUUGGUAAAAAUAGUUUUGCUCUCUCGUGAGAAUGGGGGAAAUUUGAACAGAUUAUGAUUAAAUAGCCAUGGAAGAGUCGGGUAGCUUGGCGAACAGAAAGCUGGAGUAGGGUUGAUUUCCUGGCACUGCUUUCUUAGCAAAGAGAACAAUUUUAAUCAGUUACAAAAAUAUUUGUGAUCCGUAUGUUCCUCUGCUCAUCCCCAUCUGCCCAUAUUCUCUUUUAUCUCGGUAGAUGAUAACUUUAUGAUUCAGGCGUGCAAGAAUAAUACCUCGCUGACUUUGGAGCUCGGUGCUAUUUCAAAACGUGUCCUGGUAAUUACGCCACACACACACACACACACACACGCGCACACACACACGCAUCCAGGCUGUUCCCGCUUUGGGUUGGUUACGUGAAUACCGGUUUGUUCUUCCUCUUUCUUCGUGGAAAGAAUUAUAUCUUGUAGCCACCUGCUGGGGCUGGAAUAAUGCAUCCGAGGCUUAGAUUUGAAAACUACGUUGCCAUUCACCUGCUGGAUUAAAUGCCACUUUGCAAAUAUGAGGAUCAGAGAAGGAAGACCAAAAGAUCGCGGUGAUCAUUGAAAACUUCAUUUUCUCUGGGAAAAGGAAAACAGAAGCCACAGCACAUGUGGUUGACGAUGGGUCACGCCGUGUAAGGGAAUCGCAGGGAGAUGGGCAUUCUGAACUGUUAAUGGGGACAUGGGACUCCAGUUGUCUCUGAUCACUGGUGUGGAUUUUCCCGGGGUAGAGCGACAGAAGCCGCCAGUAAGUCGCCAAGACCUACGUCAGGAGCUCUGCACGAAAGGGCAUCGAACCUUGCGAUUUUGAUUUGCGUCCGGGAGGAUGUCCGAGCCAGGAGACCUGAACCCGGCCAUCGUGGAGGAAGGCGGGACUGAGCAGGAGUCGGCCACCCCAGAGAAUGGCAUCGUGAAAUCCGAGAGUCUGGAUGAAGAGGAGAAACUCGAAUUGCAGAGGCGGCUGGCAGCUCAGAACCAAGAAAGAAGAAAAUCCAAGUCAGGAGCGGGAAAAGGUAAACUGACUCGCAGCCUUGCUGUCUGUGAAGAAUCCUCGGCCCGGCCAGGGGGAGAAAGUCUUCAGGACCAGGAAUCAAUUCAUUUACAGCUUUCCAGUUUUCCCAGCCUGCGAGAGGAUGAUAAAUCUAGGAAAGAUGACUCAGAAAGAGAAAAAGAGAAGGAUAAAAACAAAGAUAAAACCUCUGAAAAGCCCAAGAUCAGAAUGUUAUCAAAAGAUUGCAGCCAAGAAUACACGGAUUCUACUGGCAUAGACUUGCAUGAGUUUCUGAUUAACACAUUAAAGAAUAAUUCCAGGGACAGGAUGAUACUCUUGAAAAUGGAGCAGGAGAUUAUUGAUUUCAUUGGUGACAACAAUAAUCAUUAUAAAAAGUUCCCUCAGAUGUCAUCCUACCAGAGGAUGCUUGUCCAUCGAGUGGCGGCUUACUUUGGGUUGGAUCACAAUGUGGAUCAAACAGGGAAAUCUGUUAUCAUCAACAAGACCAGCAACACAAGAAUACCAGAGCAAAGGUUUUGUGAACAUUUAAAAGAUGAAAAAGGUGAAGAAUCCCAGAAGCGGUUUAUCUUGAAGCGAGAUAACUCUAGUAUUGAUAAAGAAGACAAUCAGCAAAACAGAGUGCAUCCAUUUAGAGAUGACAGACGAAGUAAAUCAAUUGAAGAGAGAGAAGAGGAGUAUCAGAGAGUGAGGGAGAGAAUAUUUGCACACGAUUCAGUUUGCUCCCAGGAAAGCCUUUUUGUGGAAACCAGUAGGCUCUUGGAAGACAGUAACAUAUGCAAUGAGACCUAUAAGAAAAGACAGCUCUUUCGGGGCAACAGAGACGGCUCGGGGAGAGCAGCCGGGAGUCGACAGAGCAGCUCCGAGAAUGAGCUCAAGUGGUCGGACCACCACCGGCCCUGGAGCAGCACGGACUCUGAUGGCUCCAACCGCAAUCUCAAGCCCGCCAUGGCCAAGACGGCAAGUUUCGGGGGCAUCACGGUGCUGACCAGGGGCGACAGCACAUCCAGUACCAGGAGCCCCGGGAAGUUGUCCAAAGCAGGUAGCUCUGAGUCUAACAGCAGCACAGGCUCCUCCGGGUCGCUGCCCCGCACCCACGCACCUCUGCAGAGCGCGCCCCUGGCCCCAAGCGUGUCCGCCGGCUCUCCUGGCUGUGUGCCCUAUCCCGAGAACGGAGGAGGGGGCCAGGCCGCCCCCAGCACCAGCUACAUCCUCCUUCCACUCGAGGCUGCGACAGGCAUCCCGCCCGGAAGCAUCCUGCUCAACCCGCAUACAGGCCAGCCCUUUGUGAAUCCCGACGGAACCCCUGCCAUAUACAACCCCCCCAGCAGCCAGCAGCCCCUGCGAGGCACCAUGAUGGGGCAGUCCCAGCAGCCGCCACAGCAGCAGCCCUCUCCUCAGCCACAGCAGCAGGUGCAGCCACCCCAGCCACACUUGGCGGGCCCGCUGGUCACUCAGUCGGUGCAGGGGCUACAGGCAUCCUCUCAGUCAGUGCAAUACCCAGCGGUCUCUUUUCCUCCCCAGCAUCUCCUGCCUGUGUCUCCAACGCAGCAGUUCCCCAUGAGAGACGAUGUGGCGACGCAGUUCACCCAGAUGAACCUGAGCCGGCAAUCCUCAGGAGAGACUCCUGAGCCCCCAUCUGGUCCUGUCUACCCAGCGUCCCUCAUGCCACAGCCAGCCCAACAGCCAAGCUACGUCAUUGCCUCCACAGGCCAGCAGCUCCCUGCUGGGGGGUUCUCGGGCUCUGGACCUUCCAUCUCCCAGCAGGUCCUCCAGGCCCCUCCCUCACCACAGGGAUUUGUGCAACAGCCUCCACCGGCACAGAUGCCCGUCUAUUAUUACCCAUCCGGUCAGUACCCUACCUCAGCCACACAGCAGUACCGGCCCCUGGCCUCCGUUCAGUACGGUGCUCAGAGGGGUCAGCAGAUACCGCAGGCCGCACAGCAAGCAGGUUACCAGCCAGUCCUGUCUGGUCAACAGGGGUUCCAAGGCCUCAUAGGAGUGCAGCAGCCUUCCCAGAGUCAGAACGUGAUGAGCAACCAACCGGGGAAUCCGGUGCAAGGCGUGAUGGUCUCCUACCCAACAAUGUCUUCUUAUCAGGUGCCAAUGACCCAGGGCUCUCAAGGACUUCCCCAGCAGUCAUACCAACAGCCAAUCUUGCUACCUGACCAGGCAGGUCAAGGGUCGCUCCAGGCCACCGGAAUGCCUGUCUACUGUAACGUCACACCGCCGACCCCUCAGAACAACCUGAGGCUGAUCGGUCCGCACUGCCCCUCCAGCACUGUCCCUGUGAUGUCGGCUAGCUGCAGGACAAACUGUGCAAGUGUGAGCCACACCGGGUGGCAGGUCAAAUUCUGAGCACUGUGGCUGCGGUACGUGUCUCCAGAUGGCUCGUGGCCGCUGAGGCAAGAUGAGCAAAGGUGGGACGCUGGCUGAGGACUUAACGUAUUCACUCAACACCCAAACGAUCGCUGCUGGUAUUCUGUAAAAACACACACACACACACACACACACACACACACACACACACACACAAAGACUGAUACACACAUUAGCUGGUCAAUGGUGCAUAUUUCUGUCAUGUCUGCUAGGUACGCCUUUGUAGCUUAGCUAGUGACAUGAUUUCAUCAAGGUAAGAUUUUCUCCUACCACUGAACACCACUGUGUAGAUGAUAAUAUCCCUCAUUUGGAUUAUUAGUUUUGUACUUUGUGUUGAGUUUGUGAUGCUAAAAGUAUUGAAAGAUCAUAUACCGAAAUCACAUCGUACCAAAGCUGUAACGGGGAAAGAGAAGAAUUGAUGAAUGGAAGGAAUAAUUUAUAUACGCUAUAGAGUUUUCUUUUCUUUUUUUUUUUUAAUGGAUAUAUACUGUAUUGUAGUGUUUAAUCAAAAUAAAACUAUUUGACCUUAUGGAGGAAGGUCAUGUUUUUACCACCA